GCAUAACCAACGACUGCAUCAUUCGAAAGGCAGGCUCCAUGGCAACUGGUAUUGGACCUCGACAGGUCUUGCAAACUUCAAUUUAGGAUAAACACAUUUUCACAGUGGCCUAAUACGACAAACAAGAAGAAUCUUUCCUACAAAAGUCAGAACUUUACGCCUAAAAAUGCACGAUUCGUCGUACAAGUUUGGGUGGCUUACUGCACUCUUGGGAUUGUUCCUAGCCAUCUGCUUCUCUCAACACGUACAUUCUCUGCCGCUAUCUGCUCAGCCCCAAAGUAAUUCCUCAAUUUCGAAAGGCGUUCUGGAAAACUCACCGUCUACACCAGUACUAAUCCCUUCAGCAAAUUCGACGAAUUCAAUAUCGAUCAACGAAACGCUUUUAAUUAAACCAAAUGUGACUAUUAUCGGAGCAGCUAGAGGUGGCCUGGUCAAAAGUAGCCCUGGCACAGUUCAGAGCAAGAUUAUCAUCAUGACUCCAAACAAUUUCUUGGCUGCAUUUAUGGCCACGGUGAAUUUCAUCGGUUGGUGCACGCAAACCUACGAAUACGUCAUGUGGCUGGUGUCCGUCUUGGCGAGGAGCGACUCGGAAAAGCAGAAAAAUUACCGCGAAGCUGCGGAAGAGCUCAAUCGAAUCGAAGGCAUUAUCGAUCAAAUGACGUUCAACAACAUUCACAAUCACGUUUACAUGAGAGAGAACGUGGCUCCGCACGAGGACGAAAUCAGACGAUCGGCCAUCAACGCCAUCGAGUAUUUAGAGUCGCCCAAUUCGACCGUGGCCAAAGACGAAUUUCUCAACGGAGCCAAAUUAUUAGAAGACAGCAUCAUCAGAAUCUUUGAAAGACUUUUGAAUCAAUCCGUGUCGGGGCCAUCGUACCUCGACAGCUUGCGAGACUCGACCAAGUGCCAUCGACGUCAGGUUGUCAACUCCCUACAAGGAGUUAUGCAGCUGCUAUCGCUAGGAGCUGGAACAUUGCCUUUGUACUUUAAAGAAAGCAAUAUGCCAACAGUCGACCAGACUAGGAAGAAAAACCGACUGGACAAGUACCAACAAGAGGCGGUUGUCAAAAUCAAUGCAGUCGAAAAUGAAUGCAUCAAAGAAGGCCGUGUACCCAUCGAAAUAACGGAAAUGAUGAAAGAGAAUGCCGCCACUUUGAAUCGCGAUUUGGCUGAAAUCAUUUACGAUUACCUCAGUGACAAGUACGAUACCAAGCAUUGGUUUGUCGUCGUCUACAACGCCAUCGCUGGCGAUCUCAACCACAAAGUCGCGUUCAACUCAGAGUCCAACAACUGUCAUUGGAUAGGGGCCCAGGGCAAUAAGAACGUGAUUGUUUGCUCGCAAAAUGGCAUCAGCCGUUGGGAUCAAACAUCCAUGUUGGCAACUGAAGACAAGAUCAACGACUAUUUCAAUCAUUACUAUCCAAGACCUGAUAUAGCCAUGAGCGAGAUCAAGUCACUGAAACUAGUGCCAGAGACAAGCAUGAUGGCCGUCAUUCAAACGGCAGCCCAAGUAGAGAUUGCCACGUCCAAAGAAAUGUGUUUUUUCGCCCAAAAUUACGGAAGCAAAACAAAUCGUCCUGGAGGUCUAACUACGAUAGGAAUUCCCUACAGGAAUAACACGAGUGUCAGCCCGACCUACUUCGCAAUCCACGGAUACGGUAAAGUGAUGCAAAUCUCCCAAGCUGCAAUAACGGUGGUGGAACCAACGUGGAACGCCGGAAGAGUGAAACCUGCCGAUAACCAACUGUGGUACCAAGAUGAAAAUGGCAUCCGUGCAAAGUCUAACGGCUACUGUCUGUACUCAACAGGUGACGACGGUCGAUUUAGAACGGACAAGUGCGACAAACAGAAAUGGAUGCUGCGAGACAAUAAAAUCAGUGACAUGUACAAUCCAAAGAAUUGCGCCAGUAUUACGUAUUGGAACACGCCUACGCGAACGCAGUCUACAUUCCCGCCUACAUUUCCAAUGGUCGAAACCCAGUGUAACAAUCAUACAAAUCAAGAAUGGACGAUAAUUAAAGAGCCGACGUACUUUGCCAUCAAGAGUAAAAUGCACGGCAAGGUCAUGGAUGUAUCAAAUGACCCCAAAAGUUAUGGGACCAUCAACAUGUGGGACCAGUUGCACGUUGGGAUCCAACUUUGGUUUCUAGAUAACAAUGGAGUUAUUCGGGCAAAGGCUACCGGUUACUGUAUCUUUUCAAAAGGUUAUUAUAGCGGCGGAUUUGUUACGAUGCCUUGUGACCAAACGGAUAGUCAAAGAUGGGCGCGUAGAAAUAAUCAGAUAGUCAAUUUGAACCAACCAACGAAUUGCAUGGACAUUUUUCACGCCGAAAAACAGGAUGGAGCGCGAGUUAUCGAGUACACAUGCAGCAGUACCAUCAAUAUGCAGUGGGAAUUUGAUUUCCAUUGGUAGUUUAACUCAAAUAGAUCCCAGGGCAAUUUCAAAAGUGAAAUGCAAUAAGUCUUCAACCAUUAAGUCUCAACCCAAGAUUGGAACCCCCUGAAACUUUGGCCCUGACUGAGGAUACUGUGAGAAUCACAGUAUAUAUAUUU